AGGAGCCCCUGGCGCCUAAGGCUACCUGUCAGUGCGCUCUCGGGUGGGACGGUCGGGUGGAGAGAGCUUGCUGGCCAACAGAGGAGGCUCCGGCAAGAAGACCACCCCGACCCCGGGGGCCGAUCACCAGCUCCUGCCCCGAGGGCGGCCACUUCCCACUCUCCCUGCCCCUCUACUGGCUGAGCGCGCUGCGGCGGGGCUCCGCUGCCCCGAGCUCCCUACAGCCCACCCCGCUUCCCACCCGGCGCCCAGGUUUCUGCUCCCGGCCACUCUCCAGGCAACUUUCCGUGCUUUGUUCUUCGACUGGAAAUGCUUUACGGAAGCGUCUUAGACAGGGUCUCCGCCAGGCGGCAAGAGCUCCGCGCUGAGAUGUGUUACAUUCUCAUCUCCCCAUCAAUUAUGGAUGGAAACAAAUAAGGAAGAGUCAAUUUUGCAUGAGCCCCUUCUCCGGCGGCGAGAGGCGUCCUGCAGCCGGGAGGGAGCCACUAGCGGGGGCAUGGUGAAGAGGAAGGUAGCUAAGUGAGAUUUCUGAGGAGGGGGCUGCCCUGACUUCCUUGUGGCCCACCAUGAGAUUCUUCCUGCUUUGUGUCUACAUGCUGCUCCUGAUGAUUCCUCAGUUGAGGGCCGUCAGCUUUCCUGAAGACGAUGAGCCCCUCAAUACUGUCGACUAUCACUAUUCAAGGCAAUAUCCGGUUUUUAGAGGACGCCCUUCAGGCAAUGAAUCGCAGCACAGGCUGGACUUUCAGCUGAUGUUGAAAAUUCGAGACACACUUUAUAUUGCUGGCAGGGAUCAAGUUUAUACAGUAAACUUAAAUGAAAUCCCCAAAACAGAAGUAAUACCAAGCAAGAAACUGACAUGGAGGUCAAGACAACAGGAUAGAGAAAACUGUGCUAUGAAAGGCAAACAUAAAGAUGAAUGCCACAACUUUAUCAAAGUAUUUGUUCCAAGAAAUGAUGAGAUGGUUUUUGUUUGUGGUACCAACGCAUUCAAUCCUAUGUGUAGAUACUAUAGGUUGAAUACCUUAGAGUACGAUGGAGAAGAAAUUAGUGGCCUGGCACGAUGCCCAUUUGAUGCCAGACAAACCAAUGUUGCCCUCUUUGCUGAUGGGAAGCUGUAUUCUGCCACAGUGGCUGACUUCUUGGCCAGUGAUGCUGUAAUUUAUCGAAGCAUGGGUGAUGGAUCUGCCCUUCGCACAAUAAAAUAUGAUUCCAAAUGGAUAAAAGAGCCACACUUUCUUCAUGCCAUAGAAUACGGAAACUAUGUCUAUUUCUUCUUUCGAGAAAUUGCUGUAGAACAUAAUAAUUUAGGCAAGGCUGUCUAUUCCCGUGUGGCCCGCAUAUGUAAAAACGACAUGGGUGGCUCCCAGCGGGUACUGGAGAAACACUGGACAUCAUUUCUGAAGGCAAGGCUUAACUGUUCUGUCCCUGGAGAUUCGUUUUUCUACUUUGAUGUUCUGCAGUCUAUUACAGACAUAAUACAAAUCAAUGGCAUCCCCACUGUGGUAGGGGUGUUUACCACUCAGCUCAACAGCAUUCCUGGUUCUGCAGUCUGUGCAUUUAGCAUGGAUGACAUUGAAAAAGUAUUCAAAGGUCGGUUCAAAGAACAGAAAACACCAGAUUCUGUUUGGACAGCAGUCCCUGAAGAUAAAGUUCCAAAACCAAGGCCUGGCUGUUGUGCAAAACAUGGCCUUGCCGAAGCUUACAAAACCUCCAUCGAUUUCCCGGAUGAAACCUUGUCCUUCAUCAAAUCCCACCCCCUGAUGGACUCUGCUGUUCCACCUAUUGCUGACGAGCCCUGGUUCACAAAGACGCGGGUCAGGUACAGAUUGACGGCCAUCGCCGUGGACCGUUCUGCAGGGCCCCACCAGAACUACACAGUCAUCUUUGUUGGCUCUGAAGCCGGUGUGGUACUUAAAGUUUUGGCAAAGACCAAUCCUUUCUCUUUGAAUGACAGCGUAUUACUGGAAGAGAUUGAAGCUUACAACCAUGCAAAGUGCAAUGCUGAGAACGAAGAAGACAAAAAGGUCAUCUCAUUACAGCUGGAUAAAGACCACCACGCGUUGUAUGUGGCGUUCUCCAGCUGCGUUAUCCGCAUCCCCCUGAGCCGCUGCGAGCGGUAUGGAUCAUGUAAAAAAUCUUGUAUUGCAUCUCGUGACCCAUACUGUGGCUGGUUAAGCCAGGGAACCUGUGGGAGAGUGACCCCAGGGAUGCUCGUUGGAGGAUAUGAACAAGACACAGAAUAUGGCAACACGGCCCAUCUAGGGGAUUGCCAUGAAAUUUUGCCUACUUCAACUACACCAGAUUACAAAAUAUUUGGCGGUCCAACAUCUGACAUGGAGGUAUCUUCAUCUUCUGUUAUCACAGUGGCAAGUAUCCCAGAAAUUACACCCAAAGUGAUUGAUACCUGGAGACCUAAACUGACGAGCUCCCGGAAAUUUGUAGUUCAAGAUGACCCAAACACUUCUGAUUUUUCUGAUCCUUUAUCGGGUAUCCCAAAGGGUGUGCGAUGGGAAGUCCAAUCUGGAGAGUCCAACCAGAUGGUCCAUAUGAACGUCCUCAUCACCUGUGUCUUUGCUGCUUUUGUUUUGGGGGCGUUCAUUGCAGGGGUAGCAGUAUACUGCUAUCGUGAUAUGUUUGUCCGGAAGAACAGAAAGAUCCAUAAAGACGCAGAAUCCGCCCAGUCAUGCACAGAUUCCAGUGGAAGUUUUGCAAAACUGAAUGGUCUCUUUGACAGCCCCGUCAAGGAAUACCAACAGAAUAUUGAUUCUCCUAAACUCUAUAGUAACCUGCUGACCAGUCGAAAAGAGCUGCCACCCAGUGGAGAUACAAAAUCCAUGGUGAUGGACCAUCGAGGCCAACCUCCAGAGCUGGCCGCUCUCCCCACACCAGAGUCUACUCCUGUGCUUCACCAGAAGACCCUGCAGGCCAUGAAGGGCCAUUCAGACAAGGCCCACGGCCAUGCAGCUUCAAGGAAAGAAACCCCCCAGUUUUUUCCUUCUAGUCCUCCACCCCACUCCCCACUAAGUCAUGGGCAUAUCCCCAGUGCCAUUGUUCUUCCCAAUGCUACCCAUGACUACAAUACAUCUUUCUCAAACUCCAAUGCUCAUAAAGCUGAAAAGAAGCUUCAAAGUAUUGAUCACCCUCUUACAAAGUCAUCAGGUAAGAGAGAUCACCGGCGUUCUGUGGAUUCCAGAAAUACCCUCAAUGAUCUCCUGAAACAUCUGAAUGACCCAAACAGUAACCCCAAAGCCAUCAUGGGAGACAUCCAAAUGGCCCACCAGACACUAAUGCUGGAUCCCGUGGGACCUAUGUCUGAGGUCCCACCCAAGGUCCCCAAUCGGGAGGCAUCACUCUAUUCACCUCCUUCAACACUCCCCAGGAAUAGUCCAACCAAGCGAGUGGACGUCCCCACCACUCCUGGGGUCCCAAUGACUUCUCUGGAAAGACAAAGGGGUUAUCACAAAAAUUCUUCCCAGAGGCACUCUAUAUCUGCUAUGCCUAAAAACUUAAACUCACCAAAUGGUGUUUUGUUAUCUAGACAGCCUACCAUGAACCGUGGAGGAUACAUGCCCACCCCCACGGGGGCGAAGGUGGACUACAUUCAGGGGACACCCGUGAGUGUUCAUCUGCAGCCUUCCCUUUCCAGACAGAGCAGCUACACCAGUAAUGGUACCCUUCCCAGGACGGGACUAAAGAGGACACCGUCCUUAAAACCUGAUGUGCCACCAAAGCCUUCCUUUGUUCCUCAAACCACAUCUGUCAGACCACUGAAUAAAUACACUUACUAGGCAUCGAGUGUGCUAUUCCUGUGUGGCUUUAUCCUGUCCGUGUUGUUGAGAGGAUGAUGUUGUAAGGGUACCUUAGGACAAGAGACUUGCUUGUAUUUUAAAAGAACCAAGUGGCCAAAGAGACUGUCACUUUGGCAACAUCAGAACUUGCCACAUGUAGCGGCGGCAGCGAGGCUUCUGUGUAUUGGCCUGAAAUUCAAAGGAAGGUGCUGGUCAUUCCAUUUAUUUUAUUGGAAGCUAAAGCGAUGUGUAGCUCCCAAGGGCUACCUUACCAGUAUCAAGAGCUGAUACAGUACUCAGAAGAAUCUGUGAACAAAUACUUGAAAAUGGGUUCAAUUUAGACUGCCCUUGUGUGUGGUCUUCCCAUUAAAUGUGAACAUUUUAAUAUGUAUGCAUUCACCUUGCCUCUUGCACAAAUGUCAAAAAAAAAAAGAUGGUAAUGUCUCAAAGAAACAAACUUGUAGGUUACCAAGCAGUUUGCUAAAAAUUCAGUCUUUGACCCAAACUGUAGCAUUUUUUUCAUGUGUGGCAUUUUUUUUUCAUGCCACCAACAAACUGUGUUGCAAGUAUGUGUGUGCAUGUGUGUAUGUGUGUGUGUGUGUGUGUGACAGAGAGAGAGAGAGAGAAGUUCUGCACCCACUAGGAUGUGUUUAGGUGCCCAUUGUGUCUUUUUGUGCUAUGGAGUUGUUUACAUUGAGCAUGACUGAACGAGACACCAACUUCUUCCUACAGCCCAUUGGGUUCAGCUUUGAGAAAGGAACACAAUCGAGGCUCCUUUGGCUGUCAAAAUGAUGAACUUAAUUUAUGUGGUACCCAAUGCCAGAAUGUAAGAGUUUCAAGUAAUUUUGUGCUGCUAUUCAUUAAAACUUCUAUUCCAGUCUUGCCACCUUAAGAAGCUAGAGAUAUUAUGAGGUAUCCUUGAUUUAUCCACCAGUAUUCGGUAGUAAAAUUUGCCCGUCCACUGUGAAUCAAAGCCUGAGUCACGCUAUUUAACCUUGGACACACCAUGAAGAGUUUAUUUUGAUUGUAUUCGGUUGUUUCCCAUAUAUUAAUUUUUUCCUCCUUGACCUCCUCCCACCCCCAAGGUAAAAGAAAAAUAUAAAAUUAAAAGACAAAAGAAAGGCAUAUGAGGACAUUGUAAUUGGCUUAGCAGGAAGGGCCAUAUGACCCACCCGUGGUGCAAUCACGUUGUCUAUGUUGUGUUAUGUGAGAAUUUUCUCCUAAGUCAUGCAGGUAAUGACAAUAUACUGUAAAUACCACAUGUGAGUUUACCUGAAUCUGUGCAUUUUGUGCCUUAUUCAUGAGAAUGAUAGAAGUACUAAAAUAUGUCAAGUGUUUUCAAUAUAGCACAUCAUUUACUGAGUGCCAGUUGUAAAUGUUUUCCAACCAGCACCUGAAAAGACUUUUCAGAAACCAUAAAAGCAACCUAGAACAAUUAAUUGUUAAACAAUCCAUCUGAAUAGCAGCAUUACCUCCUUUGCCAUGAUAAACAUUCCACUCCUGCUUUCCUAAGGAUGAGAUGGUGAUAAUGUGAAGUCAAAUGAGGUUUCCCGGGGAAUGUGACACCUGCGGAAACCAUCUAGAGUCAUUUGUGCAUAGUUUGGCAGAAACCACUUACAGUUGAUGAUGUGCAACCCCAAUGACUAUUUCAGUUAAUAUGCUGCACACCACCCAAUUGUUUAUUGAACCUAAUCUAGAAAGGAACGCGGCAGAGGAAGGCUCCUGACCUAGUCAGACAAAUAAGUUCAACUGAUUUCGUGUGAUCAUGCUGAUGUUACUUGGGGGAGGAUGGGAUGCAGACGACCAGAUCAUUUUUAUACAGAAUGUAGAAUACUGAUGCAGUUAUUCUUUUCCUUUGAGAACAUUGUUUUUAUAAAGAACAUGAUUUCCUGUGAUCUCUGGAAGCUCAAAAGCUAAAAUGUCUGUUCUUGAAACACUUCUGCUUUGCAACUAAAAUAUUACAGAUUAAUAAUAAAUUAAACCAACCAAUGAUAAACACUACUCAGUCCACCAACAACAAACGUGUUUGAAUUUACCUUACCAAUAUUAAUCCCAGCGUGGUAACUCUGUGUGACCCCAGAUAACAUUUUGUAACAUUGUGCUGCCUUGUAGUUUGUAAUGUGAGUUCUAUCAGUAUUUAUGUUGGAAUUUCUAACAUUGACUCUAGUCUCUAUCCUGUUAAUUUAAUUUUUAAAUGCUUUAUCCAUUUGUGCAAAGGUAAACACAGAUUGUAUCUUUUUUAAUGGUACGGCAUAAAAAAAGUAACCCUAAAGUGAAGUGGCUCUAUACUGUUUUAUAGAGUACUUUAACAUGUAUAGAUAUCUUGUAAACUUGUAUUGUGGAUGUGUAAAUAAUAUGUACUUUGGGUUUUUAACACCGCAUGUAAAGUCAAAAUAAAAUAUACAAAUCAUUAUA